CUUUUGCACUCUUCGUUGCCUAAUACUGGAAACGAAAGACUGACCAAGAUUCCUGUUCAUGUGGCUGUGAGACACCUGCAGCUACAGCAGCAGACCAGUCAUCUUGAAGAUAGUCUUCGUCAGAUAUGGCCUGGACCGCUCGUACCACCCUUUGUUUUCUGUGUGUGUUAGUUUGUGGGAGCUGGCGGCCGACCCACACCAAGCAUGUCAUGUAUGGUGAAGUCCAGUCCCCCCAGUAUCCCAUGCCUUACGCUCCCAACCUGGAGAAGCAGUGGGACCUCAGUGUGCCCGAGGGCUAUCAGAUCCAGCUCACCUUCACACACCUGGACAUUGAGCCUUCUGACUCCUGCUAUUAUGACGCUGUCACAGUUGUCUAUGAUCAAAACGUGCUGGGGAGGUUUUGUGGUCAGGAAAACUCAGGCAACCAGCGCGUCUUGUCUCCCGGCAACAGACUCACCCUCAUAUUCCAAAGUGACGACUCCAACCCAGAGGUCCAUCAGCCCGUCGGCUUCUCUGCUCACUACCAGGCAAUAGACAUAGAUGAGUGUGCGAUGCCAGAACCCAAAGAUGACUCUGGUCCACUCUGCUCUCAGAUCUGCCACAACACUCUGGGCUCCUACAUCUGCUCCUGUUACCAUGGGUAUGACCUCCGUCCAGACCAGCGAACCUGUCUGUUGUCAUGUGGUGGAGGUAUAUUUGAUGAGCUUGAGGGUCACCUGUCCAGCCCAGGAUACCCUGAACACUCACCUCACGGUAUGUCCUGCCAAUACACCAUCUCCGUAGAGGCCGGCUUCACUGUCACCCUAAACUUCACUGAUGAUUUCCAUAUCGAGAGCAUAGACGUCCCACAAGGCCCCGACUGUUUACACCACUGGUUAAUGGUGACUAUCCCAGACAGAAAGCCCGUAAAGCUUUGUGGAGGGACGAGUCCGGGAGUGAUGGCCACUAACUCCAACACAGUCCAGCUGGACUACCACACAGACUGGGCGGGUCUGAGCCAUGGCUGGAGUCUGGACUACAACACCCACAGGGUCAAGUGUCCAUUUCCCAAUACUGUGGCCAACGGUAGGGUCACUCCUGUCUUAACUGAAUAUUCUUACAGGGACUACAUCCAUGUACGCUGUAACCAAGGAUACAAGCUGAUGACGGACGGUAGCGAGAUCCAGAGCUUCUCCUCCAUGUGCCAAAGCAAUGGACGGUGGCACCUCCCUCUCCCAGAGUGCCAGUUAAUUGACUGUGGACAGCCUGAGCCAUUGCUGAAUGGAGGGUUGACGUUCAUAUCCGGCUCUAAGAAUCAGUACCGUUCUGUUAUUCAGUACCACUGUAAUAAGCCAUCUUACGAUCUCCUCGGUGGAGUAAAUGUUAGCUACACGUGUGCAUCAGACAGAAAGUGGAGAGACAACAAUAAUGUUCCCGUCAUCCCAACUUGUAUACCAGUCUGCGGCGAGCCCACGGCGCAAAUCACCGGCAUUCAGAGAAUCCUCGGGGGCGAGACCGCUCCGGCCAAUUCUAUCCCCUGGCAAGUGAUGCUGACUGUGAACGGUGGAAGGGGAGGGGGCAUCGUGAUUGGAGACCGCUGGAUUAUGACCGCAGCUCAUGUUCUGACAAACAGUGAAGGCAAUCUAGUGGAAAAGGGGGCAGUUAAGGUUUACAUGGGAAAUAACAACGUCAACGAGCUACUCAAGCACGAACCUGCUAAUAUCGCUUCCCUUCACGUUCAUCCGAAAUACAGCAACUACGACAACGACAUCGCUUUAAUCAAACUGCAACAACCACUCACUUUCCACGAGGCUUUAAUGCCGAUAUGUUUGCCAGCAGAGGGGGCUGAAUACACCACUAACAUUGUGGGGAUGGUGUCAGGAUUUGGUAUGACACUGGUGAAAAACCAAAUGUUGAUUACCAAUAAACUGAAAUACGUGCGCAUCCCUAUUGUGGACCAGGGCACGUGUAGUGAUUCUGUCAUUGAGGCAAAGAAGGCUUACAGGGAGCUGAGGUCAGACCUGACAGCUAAUAUGUUCUGUGUCGGAGUCCCUGAAGCUGGGACGGACUCGUGUCAAGGAGACAGUGGGAGUGCCUUCGCCCUGAGCACGGAUGGGAAGUUCUGGGUUGCAGGGAUCGUCAGCUGGGGGGUUGGCUGUGGGGUCUCUGGAAGAUAUGGAGUCUACACCAAAGUUGGCAACUACGUGGAAUGGAUCAAUAAGAUCAAACAAGACAACCAAAAUUAGUUCAUUGGGCUGAUGUUUUUGCUUCCAGAAUCAGAACCAGAAUCACUUUAUUCUUCAGUAUCAGGAUGCACAGGGAUUUGCCCUGGUUAACUGCACCGCGACACACAGCAAUCCACAUUUCAGCAGGACAACACAUGGGACACAUGACAAGGAUUUCUCACAUAGUGCAAAAACAGCGCAGCAACGCUCAGUAGUCAUCCCAAUGACAAAAGUACAAAAACACAACAGAGACGAAGUCCAGCUGCAGCUGCACACUACCUUCCCUCUCUCUCCUAUUUACUAAUCAAGAGCACGCUCGAUAACGUGGUUUUCUGAAAUUGUUAUAUUUUCAUAAACUCAAUCAGAAGCACCUGCACCAUCAGAAAUAAAAUACACUUCAAUUGUGUUUUGAUUCCUUUUUCAUACCCCUUUACUUUCUUUUCCUCUUUCAUUCAUGAUGCUGAGGAGUGCAAGUGUGCACAGCAUGCCCUUUGACCUCUUGCAUCCAUCCAGGCAUCAACCAUGACAGUUUGAUAUUUAAUCUCUGAGUUGUUAGCACUGCUGCCUCACAACUAGAGGGUCAAGGGUCCGUACCCAACCCAUGUGUGUAACGUUUUCAUGUUUUCCCUGUGUUUGUACAGUCCAAAGAUACAUAUUAGACCAGGUGUGUUAACAUUAAAUUGUCCAUAA